AGGAUCAGAAAUGGGGACUAACUUGUGUUUUGUAUCCAGUAGCGUAUUUUAUUCCCUUGCACAAUUUUAGGCUGGUUUAAAUGACUAAAUACUCCUGGCCUGACUUAACCAAGUCCAGCUCAGUAAGCUGGAAAAGCCAAAGGCAGAGCAAUGAGUGCUGGAACAGCUCAGGGAAGCAGCCGGUGACAGCAUCAGCUAACUCCUGACAGAUACAUUUUGUGAAACACGUUUGUAUCCAAGGUGUUCCUGGAUGUACACUGUGACCAUGAGAUACUGAGGGCUGUGGGAAAGUAUCUGCCACCAGGGCUGGGUUUUUGGGGACGAGCUUGGAGGAUUUCAGGGGGCCAAAAGCCUUGAAAGAGUUGGCCAGCUUGCAGUUUAGAAAGUGAUGGUUUUUGGCUUGUUUGAUUUGGAUUUACAAAAGUAUUAACAUUUCCUGUGCUUUUUUUAGUAGUUUCUGAGACGUUUAAAUGCUCUUCAGCUUUAUAGAGUAGUAAACAAUUGCACAGUAAUCAAUAGCCUGUUUUUUAAAUCCAGUUUUACUUCGCUUUUUAAACCUUUCUGACGAUAACCAGUUGUUCUUGCUUGCACUGCUUCUAAGGUUGUUGGUUUUGUAUCCCUUGACACCCUGCAAGUGCAUAAAAACUGUUUUUACCCCUUUUUGACCCCAUUUCUAGACAGGGAUCAUGUACUUUAUACCAGUCCCAUCUAAGUGCAUCAGUCACCCAUUCGUGUCAUGUGACAGUAAGGGGACACCCCCCAGCUCAGGGCUGGACGUGCUUCCUCAUUUUUCCAUUGCAUAUUUGCUUUCAGCCUGCUCACCCUACCCCGAGUCCCUGUGACUUGGUGUUUCCAGCAGCCUCACACUUGGAUUGCCAUGUUCCAAACCUAAUUUAUCCCAAAACCUUUUCCCUUGAAGGGAGACUGAAGGCUGAGGUAAGUUGAAAAGUCUCAUGGCCAGCAGAAAUUCAAGGACUCAGCCAAACUAUGCCCCAAAUUAAUUUUUUUUUAAUGUUCUUGUGUCUGUUACAUUAGGGGGGGGACUCCACACUUCUGAAAUAUUGUCCAAAAUGUGUCUCAUUUGAAGCCUCUCUUUUUGCUCUGACAAUGUGCUGAUAACUCAGGAGAGAAUUGCUAUAGUUUUUUGUAACAGUUCCUGGAAAGCUCUCUGUACCUUUGGAUCUUCCAUUAGUGGACGUUCCCCGAGCUGGGAGACUGGACACAUUCCAGAAAACCAGAAAUUUGGGUAUUUUUGUUGCUUAUCAGCUCCCUGCUGGAUUACCAGCUUUGGAAUGACUAGUUCAUCUUAGUUUGGGAACCUGUGAACCUGCAGUUCAAAGGACCUUUAGGAAAAUGGGUGUGAGUAGCUGUGUGAGGAGUAACUUUCUGGGCUAGUGUGAGUCCUGCUGGUUGUUUCAUUGCUGAUGUGAUUUUAUUUUUCUGAGUAGACCAGAUUUAAGUGUUCAUGAUGCUUGUGAUUGUAACUGUGGUUCCUGUUUAGAGCUGUCUUUUGAAAUGGAGUGUUCAGGUAAUGUUUUGUGCGACUUGAUUUUUCUGUUAAAUGAAUCUAUUUUAUUUGUAGGGGGGAAUCAGUUUUCCUACAUUGCUGUUGCAAAGCCACCUGGUUUUUUGCUUCAUCUUUUUGAGGGACUAAAUUCAGGCCUGUUUGUGAUUGAUAUUUCACACCCAGUGCAGAAAAACGACUUUUGAUCCCUGUGUGGAAAGAAAGGGGCUGAGCAGGUGCAGUGAGAUGCUCUCACAAGGUGGGGCUUGUGACUUUGCCCCUGGAGACUCUCAGUGCUUUGAAGCCAGGAGGAGAUUAUCCUCCUGCCCCCUUGAUUCCCUUUUGAGCAGGAGAUGAUCCAUGCAGAGGGAAUCAACGAUUUCUGCUGGAUUCUGCCUUAUUUGCCUGCGUUGUAGGCACAGAAGGGAGGAGUUGUGCUGUGUUAAGUUUUAUUCUUCAGAGCAAAAAGGCUCAAAUGGUUUGUACACUGAUCUAAACAAAGAGAUUUUUAGAACUCAGGCAAUUUUAAGUCAAAGUUGAGAGUACUGUGUUUUCAUGCAUGUGCCAUGCAGGUCACACAGUUUAAAAAUAAAGAAAACCCAGGACCAGGUCAGCCACAGUGUGGCUUGUGUGUGUGUCAUCCCAGGGAAUGUGCCUUUUGUAUCCCCCAACUGAUUUCCCUAAGGAGGGAUUUGGAGUUGUUUGUUUUAGGAGUCGUUUCAAAAUGUUGUCAUUUUUUUAAAGGACUUCAGGCUCUGCGUACCUGAAAAAACAUUGGAUAUCGAGCUGAAGCCUGGUGAAAAAUUUCAUUUUUCCUCCCACUUUCCACACUUAAGGAAGGAUUAUUCCUUAAAACAGGCCAAAAAGGUGCUGGGCUGUAGUUCAUAUGUUCUAAUUGACCAUUAGUAUUUUUUCCCAUCCUGACAUUUCACAGGAAAGCUUCAUUCAUCUCUCUUUUUUUUUUUUUUUUUGGGUUUUGGCAUGUGGUGUGUUUUGAUUCUUUCUGUUUUGUCUCAGAAGAAAACAUCCGGUGCUGCUGGGCUUUGCUUUCCCUGGUGCUGAGACAAGUCCAUGGUUUUUCAGAGUGACUGUUCAGCUCCUGUCAGAAGUGCUUCUGAUUAGGAAUCCCCAGUGCUGGAAAAUGAGAGGACUCUGUUUUGGGCAAGAAUUGGUGUUGGUGUGGUACAGGGCAAUGGGGAGAGCAGUGCUAAGUGCUGAAAAAGUGCUGAAAGUCAUCUUGAAAACAGGGCUGGCAGUGAUGGUGGGUCUCUGUUCAAGAGGAAAACGCUCAGGUUGGGGAAAAUACUUAUUAAAAGGGAAAAUGUGUGGGAAGUGCCUGCCUUCUGAGCAAAAACCCACCUAGAAGAGGGGGAAAUGGGAGCAUUUGGCUAUUGCUCUGUAAGGAAGGGAAGCACACAGGCUGGAGGCUGGAACUGGGAUGGGUCCAGCCCCGGUUUGCUGGAGGUGAGGCUUUGCUUCUGGGGUUUUUGAAAGGGGUGCUGAGAGGAACUGAACGAACCUGUCUUGUGAUGAGCCCUGUUCUGUGAUGGAGUCAGUGGAGCCCCUCUCCAUAGGAGGGGCCAGUGCAGGCAGGUGGGCAACAGGUAAGAAAGGCUGUAAAAGUGUAACAGUAGUUAGGAGUGAGCCUUGGUGAGGGUUAAACUAAGCUUAACCUGUUUGGCAUCCAUGGCAGUGUGUGUGCUUGGAGCAGAGUUUUGGAAAGCUUACCUUUUUUGGUGGAAAGCAUGGAAAAUGCUGGUUUGUUUGUUAUCUUUUUUAUCGAAAGACUCCUUCUUUUCUUUAAAUGCAUGGGGUUUAAUUUGGGGUGGGGGCAUGGUUUGGGUCCCCAGUGUUUGUGUUUCCUGCCCAACAGACUGAAUGGUUUAAUUGCUUGCUCUGUGUUCAGCUCCUGCUCUCACCCAACGUCACUGAGGGCCACGGUGCAAUGGCUGCUUUUUGCUAACGCUUGCCCUGAAUUUAAAGAGCCUUUUUAAUUUUCAGCCAUGUUUUAAUGGAGCAGGUCUGGCUUGCACCUUCCCCAGUUCUGCUCCAUCCCUAGCUCUGCAGUUCCCAUCCACGUUUUAGCCCCUCUGUUGAAUGCAAGUGUUGCUUGUCAGUUGUGUUAGUCACGAGCUGUAAACCAUUUACCCUUUUCUUUUUAAUCUUUAGUUUGAUAGAUACGUGGACGUAGAUGUUUUUGUUUUGUUAAUUUUCACACCACAUCUUUUCUGUACUUUAGGUUGACUCCUCACUGCACUGUGAAAACCAUUAGGAAAAAGUUCCUUGGGGUUAAAACCUGGGGCUCCACAGUGUUGGGGCUAGAAAUUAAUUUAAAUGGCGACUGAUCUGUCUGAAGCUGAACCCGUGCAUCAUAAGGCGCUUCCACUCUUAACGGGAGCUCAGCUGAUCCACACGGACAAGUUAAGUGAGAAAGUUGAAGACGACACGAUGCCAAUCCGCCGCUCCGUGAAUUCCACUUCCCGGGAAACUCCUCCCAAGAGCAAACCUGCCGAGGGGGAAGAGGUCAAAGCAGAUGCAGAAGUCACCUCUGAGGAAUCUGCCUCUGUUGGAGAGGAACAAGAGACUGAAACCCUGCCUGCUGCAUCCAAUGAAGCAGAACAGCCAAAGGAACCUGAGAAUGAAGGGAAGGGGGAAACAAAGUCCUCAGAAGAAACCAAAAAGGACGAGAAGGAUCAGUCCAAGGAGAAGGAGAAGAAGGUGAAGAAGACCAUCCCUGCGUGGGCCACGCUCUCUGCCAGCCAGCUUGCCCGGGCACAGAAGCAGACCCAGAUGGCAGCCACCUCCCGGCCCAAAAUGGAUGCCAUUUUAACCGAGGCCAUCAGGGCCUGCUUUCAGAAGAGUGGUGCCUCGGUCGUUGCAAUAAGGAAAUACAUCAUCCACAAAUACCCUUCCCUGGAGCUGGAGAGGAGAGGGUACCUCCUGAAGCAAGCACUGAAAAGGGAGCUGGAGAGGGGGAUCAUUAGGCAGGUGAAAGGAAAGGGAGCUUCUGGAAGCUUUGUGGUGGUGUCUAAUGCAGGAAAAACUGUUCCAAAAGCCAGAGACAGAAAGAAAAGCACCUCCGCCCCGACUGCAGAGCAGCAGGUGAAGCUGGAGGACGUCCUGCCCCUGGCCUUCACCCGCCUGUGUGAGCCCAAGGAAGCUUCUUACAGCCUGAUCAAGAAAUACGUGUCUCAGUAUUACCCCAAACUCAAAGUAGAUGUAAGGCCCCAGCUGUUGAAGAAUGCCCUGCAGAGAGCUGUAGAGAAGGGCCAGUUAGAGCAGAUCACAGGGAAAGGAGCGUCUGGGACAUUCCAGCUGAAGAAAUCAGGGGAGAAGCCCCUGCUGGGUGGGACUCUGAUGGAAGACGCCAUCCUGUCUGCUAUUGUGGCCAUGAACGAACCGAAGACCUGCUCCACCACAGCGCUGAAGAAGUAUAUCCUGGAAAAUUACCCAGGGACCAACUCCAACUUCCAGGUGCAUCUACUGAAGAGAACCCUGCAGAAAUGUGAGAAGAAUGGCUGGAUGGAGCAAAUUUCUGGCAAGGGCUUCAGUGGAACCUUUCAGCUUUGCUUCCCUUAUUAUCCCAGCCCAGAUGUGCUCUACCCAGAGAAGCAGCAGGAUGAGGACUCCGAGGAAUCUGAUGAGGAAGAAGAGGAGGAAUCUGAGGAGGAAGAAGAAUCUGAAGAGGAAGAGUCUGAGGAGGAAGAGCCCCCACCAAAGAAGAGGAUGCAGAAGAGGCCACCUCCCAAAUCCCGGAGCAGGGCCCCUCCGAUGAAGCGAAGAGAGUCCAAACCCAAGCCAAGGAAAACCCCCGCAGCCCGCCGGGGGAAAGCAAAGCCCCCUCCCAAGGUUAAAACCCCUGCUAAGAAAGCCAAACCAGCAGCCCCAGCCAUCAAGAAACCCUCUGGUGGCAGCUCUUCCAAGAAACCAGCAGCCAGUGGGAGGAAGGAAGUGAAACCCUCUGCUAAGGGCAAAUCCACCAUGAGGAAAUCUCUCCGGGCAAAAAAGUAAAAUGUUUCCAGUGUCAGGGAACCCCAUGGUCAAACCCACAAUCUUGUUUUAUAAGUCAACGUGCAUUUGUAUUUUAGUUCUGAUGCUUAAACACUUCUUUAUUUUUUUUUUUAUUUUUGUUUUCUUGAAUGAUGGGGGAAAAGCUGAAAACUAAAUCAAACCGCCCCGAGCGUUCGGUAGAUCUCGAUGCUGUGCCUCGUGCCUGCCCCUCCCCUGGAACGAGUCAUCUUUAGUUUCUGCAAUAAUUUUAGGACUUUUCUAGGACGUCUCUAAUCUGUACAUUUACGGUGUUCCGCGUGGGUUCCGGGGGGAGGGUUGGCUCUUAAAACAAUUCUUCAAAGAAGAUCUUUAUAUCUUUAGACAGCAGGAACAGGAUGACUGGGGGAAUGUGAUUCCUUAAUGAGAAGGUGCCGCGGCAGAAGAGUCCUCCCUAGAUCCCUGCAUGCCGAGGGCCUUGGCGCUUCCGUGGGGGAGCCGUGUACAUACAGCACUUGCACUGAGCCCCGAGGCGCUGCUUUCCUCAGAGCCACGGGCUGAGGGGGUGGCACAUCCAGCUCCUCCCGACCAGCCAGGGCUGUGUGACGAGGGUGAGUCGCAUCUUCGGCCUCUCCUGAGGGUCUGGUGCCAGAGGGGCUCCAAAAGGGGCAGUUCUCGAUCAGGCGGGUGAUUUGAAUUAGUGUUUCCACACCACAUCUGUUACCUUGAAACCAAAAUAUAUCAAAGUCUUCUUGAAUCCAACUUUCAGAUGUUUUUAAGAGAUGAAAAAGCCUGAGUUUGUCCCCUCUUGUUUACCCUUUUUUAAAGAGAAGUUGGAGAGCUAUACAAUUGCUAAUGUAGAGAUGUUGAUAAGUGAAGAACAUGCGGUUUGCUAAAAUAAAAUGAAACUAGAUUCCA